AGAGCCCUUCAUGUGUACAUGCAACAUUGAAAUACAAAUUGGCUGUGUGCCUCUGUGAAAUCAUUGGCGUAAAUUCUCUGAAUUGUCUUUUCUGUUUAUGUCAAAGUGAAAUGCAACAGUAGAGAAUUUGCUGUUUCUGAAUUGCUGGCAAUUAAUUACCCAAUAUCACCACAAUACAAGCAAUUAACUAUAGGAUUCCUCCGAAUGCUAGGAGACGGCAGCCCUGAAACUAAUCACUGAUUCCACUGCAAAGCCCUGUGCAGAGAAGGAAAUGGCUCACUGAAUUAAAUGUUGUUGAGAAACAGAAGGAUAAGUUCUAUUGCGCAACAAGGCUGCAAGAAAUGUUAAACUGAAGACAAGGAAGGAGUUGAAGCAAAACACUUAAGUCCUCCCUCCACCUAAAUUGGCACAACUCCUGCAGUGUGUCAGGAAUGCCUGAGUGAUGAACAAGGAGAAGAAUGCUCUUAAUGCUACAGAAUGUGUGAGGACUGGCGGUAGCCAGGAGCAGUUAGCCAUUCUUAGACGGUUUGAGCAGAAGGCCCUGGAUUUGGAGAGGCGCCCUGCGCCCAGAUCCACUGGUGUCGGUGAGGCUGGGGUGACACAGGCAGGAAAAAUCAUUCUUCAGUGUUUUGAGUUGGUCCAUGAAGAGGCAGACAAUUUGAGAUGGCAUUGAAAGGUUGGGAUCCUGGAACACAAUGUAUAGCUAAGUGUGACCACAAAACAUCGAAGAAAGAUGAGCUAUCAUUUCACAAGGGAGAUAUCCUGACUAUUAUUGAGGUUGUCAAUAACAAGGGUUGGUACAGAGCGAAAAAUAACAAGACCGAGGAGGAAGGUCUAAUAUCUAGAAGUAACCUACGUGAGCGUGAGGCUAUUCGGGUUGACCCUAACCUCAGUCUGAUGCCGUGGUUCCAUGGGAAGAUCAGUGGUAAAGAUGCAGUGACAUUGCUCCAGCCCACAGAAGAUGGCCUCUUCCUGGUGCGAGAAUCCAUUCGACAUCCUGGUGACUACGUGCUGUGUGUCAGCUCGAAAGAGGAAAUCAGUCACUAUCGUGUCAUUUACAAAGACAAUAAACUAACAAUCGAUGAAGAAAACUAUUUUUACAAUCUUAUUGAACUCAUCGAGCAUUACAUGAAAGAUGCGUGUGGUCUUAUCACCAGAUUAACGAAACCCAAACUUAAAGAAGGCACAAAGUCAGCUGCAGAGGAGUUCUCGAAAGCUGGCUGGUUACUUAACAUGCAGCAAUUAACAUUAGGAGAUCAGAUAGGGGAAGGGGAGUUUGGAGCUGUGUUUCAGGCUGAAUACAUGGGGCAGAAAGUGGCCGUGAAGAACAUUAAAUGUGAUGUCAUGGCUCAGUCUUUCUUAGAAGAGACCUCUGUGAUGACGAAACUGCAGCACAGGAACCUGGUGAAAUUGUUGGGCGUUGUAAUGGACAAUGGACUGUAUAUUGUGACUGAGUUCAUGGGCAAGGGUAACCUAGUCAACUAUUUGAGAACAAGAGGAAGAUCGGUCGUUACACUGAAGCAGCUGAUCCAGUUCGGGCUUGACAUCUGCGAGGGAAUGGAAUACCUGGAAUCGAAAAAGCUUGUUCACCGAGACUUGGCAGCCCGAAACAUUCUGAUCGCGGAUGACAAUAUUGCCAAAGUGAGCGACUUUGGGCUGGCUAAAGGGGUGUCCAGCGCUCGAGACCAAGCAAAACUACCUGUGAAGUGGACAGCACCUGAGGCACUGAAGCAGCAUAAAUUCUCCACCAAGUCGGAUGUCUGGAGUUACGGGAUUCUUCUGUGGGAGUUGUUUUCGUAUGGUCGAGCUCCCUACCCUAAGUUGUCACUAAUGGACUUGUCAGACAAAGUGGAGAAAGGAUAUCGGAUGGAAUGUCCAGAUAAGUGUCCCAUUUCAGUGUACAACAUGAUGAAAUCCUGCUGGGAGUACGAUCCUGGGAAGCGUCCCACCUUUAAAAAACUCAAGGACAAACUGGAAAAGGAGGCGCGAAAAUCAGAUUAGGUUUGAAGCAAAGAAAGUUUGAAUAACAACACAUUGCCCAGUUCAAGUGGCCUCAGUGCCUCCCAUUGAAAUAAUAUUUUGAGAUGAAUCAUCUCUAGGAUUUCACGCUUGAGGUUACAACAGCACUUGGUGAAGAAUUACAGUUUACAUAUAAAGGGGUAAAAAUAAAACCCCUCAUUUCUUGCUGGAUUUCACUAUUCACAAUCUGAUGGUUCCCAUCCAUGUUCAAUUCACCUCCUUCAUCAUUCCAGUGUCUUUUCACAUCCCAACAGAGCUGACCUCUACAUGUUUGUGUGUGAAAUUAGAAACAGCUGUUGCUACACUGAAUCUACACAGAACAUCAGCAUAAACAAGACAUCACAAUCAACGUCACACUGACCCAUCACAGUUAAUAUCACACUGACCAUCACAAUCAAUAACAUACUGACCCGUCACAGUCAAUAUCACACCAUCACAAUCAAUAUCACACAGACCAUCACAAUCAACAUCACACCGACCCGUCACAGUCAAUAUCACACUGACCAUCACAAUCAAUAUCACACUGACCCUCACAGUCAAUAUCACACUGACCAUCACAGUCAAUAUCACACCGACCCGUCACAGUCAAUAUCACACCGACCCGUCACAAUCAAUAUCACACCGACUGUCAGUCAAUAUCACACCAACUUUCACAGUCAAUAUCACACCAACUGUCACAGUCAAUAUCACACCGACCAUCACAGUCAAUAUCACACCGACCAUCACAAUCAAUAUCACACUGACCCUCACAGUCAAUAUCACACUGACCACCACAGUCAAUAUCACACCGACCCGUCACAAUUAAUAUCACUCUGACUGUCACAGUCAAUAUCACACCUACCCGUCAGUCAAUAUCAUAGCAACCAUCACAAUCAAUAUCACACCGACCAGUCACAAUCAACAUGACACCAACUAUCAGUCAACAUCACAGUCAAUAUCACAAUGACUAUCACAUUCAAUAAUCACACUGCCCUGUCACAGUCCAAUAUCACACCAACCAUCAUAGUCAAUAUCACACCGACCAGUCACAAUCAAUGUCACACCAACCAUCAGUCAACAUCACACCAACCCAUCACAGUCAAUAUCACAAUGACUAUCACAGUCAAUAAUCAUACCUCCCUGUCACAGUCAAUAUCACACCAACUGUCACAGUCAAUAUCACAUCGCCCUGUCACAGUCAAUAAUCACACCGCCUUGUCACAGUCAAUAUCACCCCAACUGUCACAGUCAAUAUCACAGCGCCCUGUCACAGUCAAUAUCACACCAACUGUCACAGUCAAUAUCACACCGCCCUGUCACAGUCGAUAUCACACCUACCCAUCAGUCAAUAUCAUAGCAACCGGCACAAUCAAUGUCUUACUGACCAGUCACAAUCAAAUCACACUGUGCAGUCACUAUCACACCAACCCAUCACAGUCAAUAUCACACCAACCAUCACAAUCAAUGUAACACUGAUCCAUCACAAUUAAUAUCACACCGGCCCGUCACAAUAAUCAGGAAUAAGGAAGUUUUUAUAUGGAACUUUCCUUCAGGAGUUGGAAUUGAUGUGGUAGAGCUCCUGAUGGGAUGGAUUGUGCAUGUGCUUUAAGGUGAACAAGGCUGCUGGAGUGAAUGGCCUUUUCAGUACUUUAUAUUUCUUAUAUCACAUUAGUGGCUGCACGUGAAAAGUUGGUUGUGAAGCGCUUUUGAAUAAUCUGAGCUCAUGAAAACUGAUGUAUGAAUGCAUGUCAUUUUUUUCUUUACUUUCAUGUUUUACUUGUGUUAAAUGUUUUACUCUAUAUGGUACGUAGGGAGCAGUGGAUCAGAUUUGUACCUAAAUGGAAUGCUGUUAACAUGCCUUCUCAGUAUUUCAUUAAAUGUUGAUGUAAUUGAUUAUCCCUGCAUUUGAAAUAAAUUAAAGCCUUUUUAUUAA